UUCCUUCCACCCACAAUCUAUUCUCAUUUAUUUCUUUAAAAUUUCUGUGGCAGUCCUACCAACAAGCUCAUUGACAGACACUCUCUCUCUCUCUCUUAAAUCAACAACCUCACACCAUGGCAUCCAAAUUUGCAUUCCUGUUGAUUCUCUCAAUUUACGUCGUUCAUCAGGGAGAUUGUGCCCAUCACGAUGCGGCCCCAGCACCGGCCGUCGACUGUAUGAGUCUGAUAUUAAACAUGGCAGAUUGUCUCUCAUUUGUUUCAGCGGGAAGUUCAGAGUCGAAACCGCCGGCGACAUGCUGUUCUGGACUUAAAACAGUGUUGAAGACUGAUGCAGAAUGCCUUUGUGAAGGGUUUAAGAACAGCGCCUCUUUUGGUGUUACUUUGAAUGUCACAAAGGCCCUCACUCUCCCUGCUGCUUGCAAACUGUCUGCCCCCCCGGCCACCAACUGUAAUUUGUCUCUUUCUCCUGCAGCUGCACCUGGUGAAUCUCCAAAUGGUGCAGCGGCUGCUUCACCCACAAUGAGUGUAGGAGAAAAUGAGCAAGCCCCGGCACCAUCUCCGGGAGUCUCAGCUUCUUCAAUGCUCUCCUUUUCAGUUGGAUGCCUGAGCACAGGCUUAAGUUUUGCGUUAUUCAGUAGUUUUUGAGGUUGACGGAAGAGAGAGAAAGAGGCAUCAUUACCGUUACUAUUAUCAUUAUCAUGUUACUCCACUAUUAUGACAUGUAGUAGUCUUUAUGUUGUCCGUAAUUUGCUAUUAUUUUGUUCCUUCAUCAUUUUGCUUUUGUUGUGUGGGUAAAGUAGAUAUGAAUCAUCUUGUCAUGCUUUCACUUGAAACUCUUUUUAUGUUUUGAUUCAAUUGUUAUAAAAUUUCCUAAACCUUUUAAUUAUAA